GUGCGCCGCACGACGUCGCCGGAAGAGGAACGGGCGGCGGUGCGGGGCGGAACGGGUGGCGUCUGACGCCGCCGGUGCCGUGUUUUCUCCAGCGCGAUGCUGCCCACCACCUCCGCGGGCGCCCGCGGUCAGGGCAACGGCGCGCUCGGCCCCCGCGAUGCGGCGCGGCACACGGCCGGAGCCAAGCGACACAAGUACCUGCGGCGGCUGCUGCACGUGCGGCAGAUGGACUUCGAGUUCGCGCUGUGGCAGAUGCUCUACCUGUUCACCUCCCCGCAGCGGGUCUACCGGAACUUCCACUACCGGAAGCAGACCAAGGACCAGUGGGCCCGGGACGACCCCGCCUUCCUGGUGCUGCUCAGCGUGUGGCUCUGCGUGUCUACUGUAGGAUUUGGAUUUGUGCUGGACAUGGGUUUUUUUGAAACAAUAAAGCUGCUGCUUUGGGUUGUAUUCAUAGACUGUGUAGGUGUUGGUCUCCUGAUAGCAACGCUGAUGUGGUUCAUUUCUAACAAGUACUUGGUAAAGCAACAGAACAGAGACUAUGAUGUGGAGUGGGGAUAUGCCUUUGACGUUCAUCUGAAUGCUUUCUAUCCACUCCUGGUCAUUUUGCAUUUUAUCCAGCUGUUUUUCAUCAACUAUGUCAUCAUACCAAAUUCCGUCAUUGGAUAUUUUGUUGGGAACACAUUAUGGCUGAUUGCAAUUGGCUAUUAUAUCUAUGUGACAUUCCUUGGAUACAGUGCACUGCCCUUUCUGAAGAACACAGCUAUCCUUCUGUAUCCAUUUGCACUUCUCAUCGUGCUCUAUUUGAUCUCAUUAGCAUGCGGAUGGAACUUCACCAAGAUGCUUUGUUCCUUUUAUAAGUACAGAGUGAAAUAAAAACAGGACUUCAUCUGUCUACUGAUUAUUUUUACUUCAUCUUAGCUGUCUUGAUGGCAAAGGAAAACAGCCCAGAGCGGAUUGUAAAUGGUUGUAAAUUUCUCUUUAUUGUAGAUAAUUGUGUAAAAAAAAGUUUGAAGUGUCUUUUUUUAUUAAAAUAUUUACACCAGUAAA